AUGGAAUUACUCAUGUUUUAUGUUCUUCAUAGUAUUAUGAUCGUUACAUCUCAAGAUGCUCUUAUUUCGCACAAACCUAUCAUCAAAAUAGGCUACAAUAGCAAGGAGGAUCACGAAUUAGAAUGGUUGAUAGAUAGCGCAUGCUCGUUGCACAUGACAGGAAUGUUGGAAUACCUUUGUGACUUUAAGGCAGUCACAAACGGUGGUCAUGUAACUUUUGGAAAUGAUGCAAACAUAACCAUUCAAGGAUAUGGUGUCCUCACAAAUGGAAACUUCUCAAUUCAAAGAGUUACCUAUGUCGAAGGGUUAAAACACAAUCUCAUCAGUGUUGGGCAAUUCUGCAAAGCUGGUCAUCGCGUUGAAUUUGAUGAAGAAUAUAGCUACAUAAUGACGAAAGAUAGAUCAAGAUGA